AUGAACACUGUUAUCGCUUCCAACACCACCAAAGAAGUGCUCAUCGACCUCUCUUCCCUUAUCAAAGUCUACAAAGAUGGAAUAGUGGAGAGGCUCAUGGGCACACCCAAUAUCCCGCCGUCGCCGGAAGACCCAACCACCGGUGUAGCCUCCAAAGACAGUCAUUUGCCCGGAGCCGCCGAAGCAAAAGCUUUGAUCAUUUCUGUUCAAUACGGGCUUGCUCCUGAACACCUUCUACCUAUAGCCUAUGAAGAUUCUUGGACUGCCCUUCAAUGGGUGGCAUCUUGUGUUAUUGCAAAUACCAGUAUUGAAAAGUGUUAG